AAAGUGCAGGCAGUAUUUUGAAAGCUAGAAAAAAUAAAAUAAAAUAAAAUAAAACACAGAAAAGAAAAGCGACGGUAACCAUCUUUCUGCUUCCGUGCGCUGAAAUAUUUGAGCCAGAGUCGCCACAGAGCACCACGGAAACAGGAUGGACAUCACAACCCAGGCGAAGCAAUGGCUAUCAGGCAUCACUCCUGUGAAGAAGGCAAAACUGUUUUUCUUAUGUACCCAUGCUAACACUCCCAGUUGUAUGAGGACCCAGGAUGUCGAGGCAACCCAAUUAAUAUUGGCAAGUGCUGUCGCCCUUCGAAAUUUCACCAAAAUAGAUGGUUAUCUGGAGGAUAAGGCAAAGGCGUUUUCUCGUCAUACUGUGAUUAAAAAAACAAUCUCAGAGUCAGAUUAUGAAUGUCUGAGUUUCUUCUCCUCUUGCAAAUAUUUGGAUGUUGUCCCUUCUUUUCUUGAUUUGGAGAAAGUAUCUUCUAUUCAAGACAAAUUUGAAAUGAUGGACGAGGAGCGAGACUAUCGCUUCCUGCUGAAUUCAGCCGACCUUGUGCUAGAAAAGGUCUGUGACUCACUGAAGCCAACAGGAGUGGCUCAGAUUUGGACAGCUCUGAGAAAAGAUACGAAUCUUGUCGAAGGUGUGCAUACCAUAGAGAUUAUUGGUUUCUAUGUCGACCUAAAACCAAUAGGGAUGAAAGAAUGCUUAUUCUUCUUCAUAGUUCGUCAUUUGCAAAUGCUAAAUGCCAUCAACAGAGUGAGUACAAAAAGACUGGAGCGUCUCAUAGCGGAAUGUAAGGAAAACUCAGCCUGUGAAGAGGGGAACACACUUGCUUCUAUUAUACAGGGCCUGCGUUGCUACCCAGUGGAGUGGUAUCCUUUUGGCUUCUGUCUCAUACUGUCUGUUCACAGCAACCGGGAUGGAGCGAUCGCAGAAAUCAAUAAAGUGUUAGCUGUCUCCAAGCAUCUAGGCAUGGUAUCGCACCAAGAACUGGAUCCAAAGAAAGAGACAAUCGAAAACAUGAAAAGUGAGUUGAUGAAGCCUAAAUAUCGGUUCUACAGUUCCUUCACUUGCUGGUUCAUGUCUCAUGGGGAUGAAAAGUCCAUGGAGCUCGCUGACAAGAAUACUAUUGAAAGAGAAGAUUUUCUCAAAACGUUCUCCAACAUAGAUUCUUUCCAACUGAAGCCAAAAGUAUUCUUCAUGGUGUCAUGCCUUGGAAAAAAAAUGUUCAAACUUGCAGUUGAUGACAAUGAGAGCCUUGAUACAACAGGGGAUCUCUUUGCUAUUAGCAGCGCCGGACUCAGGGAUAGAAUGCUUGACGUACCCGACAAAGGGCGCAACAUUUCUCACACACAGCCCAUGAUGGACACGCUUGUGGCCUACUCAACAAUGCCCGACAACCUCUCUGGGCGGGAAACCACUCACGGUAUGUAUUCACUACUGCUCCUUUUUCUUUACUCAUUUUUCAUGUUUACUCUAACUAGUAUGUGGAAGAUAAUGUACACACAUUCGAAUAUACAUGUGUGCGAAUAGACAAACAUGUGCACA